ACAGGGAGGAGCUUCAGGCGGUGGCCGCGCGGCCUGCUCCGCCCUGUCCCGAUCUGUGGCCACAUGGCUUCGGCCUCUGCUGCCGCCGCGUCGGGCCGCGGGGCCCGGAACCUGCUGCAGUUCCUGCGGCUGGUAGGGCAGCUUAAGAGAGUCCCACGGACUGGCUGGGUGUAUAGAAAUGUUGAGAGGCCAGAGAGUGUAUCAGAUCACAUGUACAGGAUGGCAGUUAUGGCUCUGGUGACCAAAGAUGACCAUCUUAACAAAGACCGAUGUGUACGCCUAGCCCUGGUUCACGAUUUGGCAGAAUGCAUCGUUGGGGACAUAGCACCAGCAGAUAACAUCCCCAAAGAAGAAAAACAUAGGCGAGAAGAGGAAGCUAUGAAGCAGCUGACCCAGCUUCUCUCAAAGGAUCUCGGAAAGGAGCUCUAUGAACUUUGGGAAGAGUAUGAGACCCAGUCUAGUGCAGAAGCCAAAUUUGUGAAGCAGCUGGACCAAUGCGAGAUGAUUCUUCAGGCAUCUGAAUAUGAAGACCUUGAGAACAAGCCUGGGCGACUGCAGGACUUCUAUGAUGGCACAGCAGGAAAAUUCAGUCACCCUGAGAUAGUCCAGCUUGUUUCUGAACUUGAGGCAGAAAGAAACGCCAAUAUAGCUGCCGCCGCCAGUGAGCCGUGUUCCUGAGUUGGUCUCUGUGUUGUUGCACUCCUGUAACAAACAUUUUUUUUUUUCCAUUUCAUGGUAUUAUGUUUUGCCACUGUUGGUCUGUUGAUUUCCUCAGAUGUGAAUCUGUUUAUUUUCAAUUCCCUGGACUCCAUCAAGAAACAUGAUACAGUUUGGACUGUAAAAGAAGCUACAGUACCGGAUGUGGUCGUGAAAUGCAUGGAUGAAGACUUGGGGGUGCGUGCCUUUUUAUGAACUAAAUUAAAAAAAUUUAAAAACC